AUGUCUCUGUCGAUCUAUGUGGCACCCAUAGCCUUGUUCAUUAUCUUCUUUGUCCGGUGGAAGCCUCGCACUCUGCCCAAAGGACAUCCGCCUGUCGUUGACAUUCCGGCUGGAGACAUGUUUCAAAACCCCCGUAACGCAUACGAAUCGGCUUUGAAAGAACACGGGCCCGUGAUAGGUGUAUACAGGAAAGGCAGGCUCGAGUUCAUAGUCGACGAUCAAUUUACUGCCGAAGUUCUUACCAAUGACUCCGUCUUCAGUUUUGAGAGCGGUACCCUUACGGUACUAAAUCUCCACCCGUUACUACUGUUUCCUCGCAGCUUUAUCCGCGACAUUGACAAACUAGUCAAUGAGGGGCUUAUUCCCCUGAUGAAACAGAUAAUUCAAAAAAUCACUCCCAUAUUUGAGCAAAAUAUACGCGAGUUGACCGACAAGGCGCAAAACUCUACGUCCAGGACUCCAAUUCCGGUCGAUUUAGCUGGGCUAAUACAUAAGACCAUGGCGGAAUCGAUGCUUACCAUCAUUUUUGGAGAGACUUACACCACGCCAGCGGAUAUCCGUGCGGCAGAAAGAAUUGCUUCCGACAUCGCUGUCCUUUCGGGAAUCUAUCAGAACAUAGGAUACUGGUCUCGGACAUUUCCAACUACGUGGAGGGUUGUCACAUGGGUACGCGUAAUGGGAUUCUCAAUACCUUGGAACUUUGUCCGCGUAAUCGGAUUCCGCGUCUGGAAGGACUUAAGACGCUGCUCAAGGACCGGUCGUACUAGCCAUCUCCACGAGGAAUCUCUACUCCACUACCUUGCCCAGCGCUACUGUUACAAAGAUGCGCAUGUCGUCCGGUUAACACUGCUUGACAGCCUCUGGAUAUUAGGUCUUACACUUGGUUUACUCUUUGCCUCGAUUCACCAAACUGCCGCGGUCAUCGUCUGGGUUGUGUUCGAACUGGCUGUGCGUCCCGAGAUCAUACCAACCUUGCGUGCAGAGCUCCAAGAUAUACUGGAGGUGGACGAGCAUAGUGGAAAGCUGAUUCUAACCAACGCUUCCCUGAAGAAUGCCGAGCGGCUUGACUCGUUCAUUCGGGAGGUCAUGCGCACAAAGGGCGAUACUUUGUCAACGAUUCGCUUCACUAUGCGAGAUGUAACUCUCGGUAGAUACACUAUUCCAAAAGGGCAAUUAGUGUGUCCCCUUGCUACAUUGUCCCACAGGAAUCCCGCAUACCAUGGUGAGGAUGCCGAAGAGUUCGUAAGCGACCGGUGGGUGGGUCAUGGCAAGCCGGCAGUCAUGGUAAGCCCCACCUACUGGCCGUUUGGUCUAGGGAGGUUCGCAUGCCCAGGACGAGCGCUAGCCGUCGCAGAGAUCAAGCUGGCAGUAUUCUUUUUGAUAGGUCGGACUUUCCCGGCCUUAGAGGGAAACAAGUACGAAGUUGUUGACCCCUUGAAUAUCACGUCGGUGCCCCCGGUGGGACGAUUGUUACUUCGGCCAGCUCCACCGGUGUUCUGAAAAUAAAAGUUUGGGUUCCAUUUUUUGACGACGCAGAGCGUUAUAUUCGUAGUCUUAUAUUUAGAGAGCUCGCCUGUUCCAUUUAUAUCUGGUUUGCAGUUUGCUUGUCGCCUUUACUUAAAGCCUGAGACUUCUUUACCAAUAGAUGCCGUCGAUCGUUAUUACUCAGUUGAUUGGCU